GAAAUACAAAUUGAAACUGCUUCAAAGUCACUUUGGCACACAAGCAAACUAUUACAGGAAAGAUUCUUUCUUGCUCUCGAUUUUAUCUCCCAGAAACCCUGCUUUGGAAACACGUUCCUGUGGACUAUUUUUUUGUGCACCUGUCUCAGAAGAAAUAUGGCUUGUUGGGCACUGCAAAUCACAGGCCUAAUACUUGGAGGCAUCGGCAUGAUUGGGACUUUUGCAAUCACUGCCAUGCCUCAGUGGAGAGUGUCUGCUUUCAUUGAAGGUAACAUUGUGGUGUUUGAGAACAUCUGGGAAGGACUAUGGAUGAAUUGUGUCUACCAAGUCAACAUCAAGAUGCAGUGUAAAUUCUAUGACACCGUACUAGCACUCCCACCUAUUUUAGAAGUAUCCAGAGGACUGAUGUGUUUUGCUGUGAUGCUGUCCGUUAUUGCCUUUCUGACAGCCAUUACUGGCAUGAAGUGCACUGUGUGUGUUGGGGAUAACAAGCAAGUCAGGAGUAACAUUUUUCUGGCAGCUGGGAUCAUUUUUAUCCUAACUGGGAUUCUAAUUUUGAUACCUGUGUCUUGGACUGCAAGCAACAUCAUUGGAGACUUUUAUAAUCCAGCAGUUCACGCAGGUUUGAAACGAGACCUGGGAGCUGCCCUCUACUUAGGCUGGGUGAGCUCAGCAUUUCUCAUGAUUGGAGGAGCAAUAUUUUGUAGCUUUUAUAGCUGUGCUGAUAAACCCAGAACAUGGAGAUAUUCAUCACAUUCCUGCCAUAGACCACACAAAUUUGAGCAUGUGGAAAUGAAAUCCACAACCAAGCACGCUUAUGUCUAGCUGUUUUGUGAUCUUUCUGUUCAGCAUUUUGAUUUGUACUGAUAGACAGUAAUACCCACUUUGAAUUGUAAGUGGCUAAAGUAGGAACUGUUUGGUUCAUUUGUAAUUCACUAUUAUCUAUCUAUUGUGACAAAGUUCCUCCUCUAUCUUGGUGGGUCGUGCACUUAUUGGUGGAUUUUCUUGCC